AACAAAAUAAAUGAAACAAAAGUUUAGAAAAAUGAAAAUCUAAUAACAAUAACAAAUGGGAUCUUUAGAGAAAACAAUGAUGGCAUGGGCCGAGGAAGUGAAUGAGAAUACGAAGAAACGUGGAGGUAAACGAAAGAGGACAACGAAGAAGGAAAUUGAUAACAAAGAUGAGAAGAAACCGGCCCCGAGAGCUACGAAAGCCCGAGCGACCAAACCACAGGGAGAGCCUGAGUACUUGGAUGAGAAACGUGAUCUGCAAGAUUUGUGGAAAGCUGUUUUUCCUGUGGGAAUUAAGUGGAAACUGUUAGAUGCACUUUAUGAACACAAUUGGGAUUUCAAAGAUCUUGAAGAAGCAUUGGAGGAAGGAGGAAUACUCUAUGGGAAGAAUGUUUAUGUCUUUGUGAAUGCAGAACCUCAGCUUGUCCUCUACAAAGAUGUAAAGAAAGUUAUCCCUGUCCCGACUGUUGUUGCUAUCGAAUCACCCUUUCCGCCUUCCGAUAAGAUAGGGAUCACAUCGAUUCAGAGAGCAGCGGAAGAAAUCAUUCCAAUGAAGGAGAUGAAAAUGGACUGGGUUCCUUACAUACCCUUUGAAGAUAGAUCAAGACAAUAUGAUAGGAUGAAAUUUCAAAGCUGCUCUAAGACAUCUCAAAGACGAGCGGAAUUCGUCAAAGAGAAUGUUCGGGCCGCAAAGAAAGCGAGGCAAGAUGCAAUCGCUGCUCGAAUGAAAGUAAUAGAAGAAAUGAGCCAAGAUGAUAGGCAAGUCUUUCAAAGCAUCAAGUUUUACAAAUUCUACCCUCAGCCUCCACCAGACAUCUCAGGACUCAAGAAGUUGCCCAUCAUUAACCGAUACUAGGGGAAUGCUCAUCAAGUCCUUUAAUCUACCAAUCUUCAUUUAUAUAAUUCUGUCUUUUUCUUAAUUUGCCAUGGAGUUGUAAGUCGAUGAUGAUGCACAUAAAAGAGGUGUUUCACUGUUUCUAUAUCUAAUGUUUGUACUCGUAGACUAAUAAAAGUUUGUCUUUUAU